GUUCCUGCAGACAACCCAACGCAGAUCUCCAGCGUGUCAGUGACGGUGAAAGUCCUGGACGUGAACGAUAAUCCUCCCCUGCUGACGCACUACCUGGAGGCUUACGUGUGUGAGAACGCCAAAGCCGGGCAGCUGAUCCAGACGGUGACGGCGCUGGAUCCCGACGAGCCGCUCAGCGGACAUCACUUCUACUACAGUUUGGCUCCCGAGGCCGCGAACAACCCAAACUUCACCCUGAGAGACAACCAAGACAACACGGCCUGGAUCCUGACCCGACGUGGUGGCUGGUCACAGCAGGAACAGACCCUCUUCUAUUUACCCAUCUUCAUCUCCGACGGAGAACAGCCGGUCCAGACCAGCACCAGCACGCUGACCAUCCGAGUGUGCAGCUGCGACCAGGAGGGCAACGUCAUGUCGUGCAACGCCGAGGCCUACAGUCUGCCCGCCAGCCUCAGCAGAGGAGCCCUCAUCGCCAUCCUGGCCUGUAUCUUCGUCCUGCUGGUGAUGAUUCUUCUCAUGCUGUCCCUGCGGACUCAUCGUAAGAAGCCCUACCUGUGUGACGAGGAGGAGAACGUCCACGAGAACAUCGUGCGCUACGACGAUGAAGGCGGCGGCGAGGAGGACACCGAAGCCUUCGACAUCGCUGCCAUGUGGAACCCGCGUGAGGCGCACAACCACCUGGGCAAGAUGAGGCAGGACAUGCUGCCGGAGAUCGAGAGCUUGUCUCGUUACGUCCCUCAAGCCUGCGUGAUGGGCGGCGGCGGGGACAGCAACGUUCAAGGAUACGUGCUGGCGAAGCUGCUGGAGGCCGACGUGGACCCCUGCGCUCCACCUUACGACUCCCUGCAGACCUACGCCUACGAGGGGGAAGGCUCGGUCGCGGAGUCGCUCAGCUCACUCCAAUCGGGAGCCUCGAACACCGACCACGAGUACGACUAUCUCAACGACUGGGGGCCUCGUUUCAAAAAACUGGCCGAGAUGUACGGCGUGCUGGAGACACACCCUCCGCCGCUGUGGUAGAACUCCUGAACCUUUGCCUUUUUAAAAAAAAAAAAAUCUUAGACAAACUGCACCGACAAAAAAAGAGAAGAACAGAAACACGUCAGAGAAGCUUCACGAAAAUGUGUGAGGACGACGCGGUGAAGCGCUUACGUCCACGUCCACCACUGUUGGCACUUGAAUUCCUGCCGAAGCCUCGAUUCUCCACAGCCGCGGAGGCCUGAGAUGCCCACAGCAGCAGCAGCAGCAGCAGCAGUGUGAGCUUGUUUUAAAUCUCCCCCAGAGACGGGGCUUCAGAGACGGGCUGGAUUGGCAGCCUCGCGGGGCCCCACAAAGGAACGGCUUCAAAGCACAUGUUAACUCCCCCGCCUGACCCGGGCACAGGCAGAGCGCCUUUGGUUGAAAGCGUGCAGCGAUUUAUGCCAAGAGAUGAAAACCAAGGGAACGAGACUACCUUCCUCAAAGCAGAGCUCUGAAAUCCGCUCCUCAACUCAAACUAAGACACAAAGCGAGGCGUCGUCGGUUUGCUUUCAUUCGUGGCAGGUCUUAAUUUAUGUGUUUCAUGUGCCGUAUUUAUAUUUUUUAACUUAUUUUGGUACUUUAAACCGACACUGUGCUUAAACCGCAGCUGCGUGAGGAGGUCUUGAAAAGAUCACAUGUUUGUUGUAACAUACAAGAUGUAAACUGCCCUUGUUUUCUGUCUGUGUAAGAAAAAAUCUCAUGUUGUUUAUUGUGUUACUGUUUUUAUAUCAUUUUUUAAAGCUCUUUGUAUCGUACUCGUUUCUUUUUCUUCCCGAAACAUGAAGCGGCUCAUUCAUGACGAGAAGAGGGAAGCCAUUUAAAAAAAAAAAAAAAACACCUCUGUUGAUGGAGCUGGAUAUUUUUUAUUCCAGCAGACGGUCAGAUUUUACCCAACAUGCAUCACCCUACCCCGGAUGAGCACAUGACCGCGUCGCCUUUCAAUUUCGGAUCCACCGCCGUGCCAACGGGAGUCCGACGGCAGCGAGGCUUGAUCCGUCCCGUUCGAGGCACUGUGUCGUUUUUAUAAAACACGUGGUGCCGAGUGUAAAGUGCCAAAUGUAAAAAGGACAAAAGAUAAAAAGACAUUUUUGGGAUGAAAAGAAAAACACCAAAACACCAAAAGACGGACGAGGACUUUACAAACUGAAGGAACAUUUUGAUAAUUCAAUUGACUCUACUUGAAAUCCAUGUGGUCAGUCAUACCAGUGCGUGGUAUGUGAAUGUAGAUACGUUUUGUAUUCUUGCUAAUAAAAAAGGUCAAAAACUA